AUGAUUGGAAGUAGGGCUACGUUUGCAUUACUAUUUCGUGACUAUGCGAGUCUUGGAGGGCGAAAGCGUCACUGUAGAAUGGAGGCCUGGAUAAAUCUAGAGAACAAGCCGCGGCAUAUGCUCUGUCUUGUAGCCACGGAAGUUAUGGGACCGCUAUUUCCUCUCGAAGUAAUUAGACCUGAUCUCGCAGGUUAUGCCAAAACGUUAGGCAGGAGUAGAAUGUUGACUGAGCCUACUACAGAAAAUAGCAUGUCGUCAUCCGAGCUGUCUGGCAUCCUGAAACUACAUUAUUCUUCUAUCAUCAAGAGCUCAGGUUACGAGAUGUUCCAUGACCCCACGACCUUUGGUUUGAUAGUGACUAACAUAUCCUCUCGGCGCUCUUCAACACUAGCAUCUGCUUAUGAGGUGGAUAUGCACCUUCCCUGCUUAUCUUUCCUGCUAGAGAGGCUUCAUUCAGAUCUCCACGCCCACCUUAUCAGCUGUAUACAUGGUGAUUUCCUCCCUCAAUUUGUUGGUUUGAGCUUGCUUUGGAAUUCGCUAUUACUCGAGUACUUUCUUUUUAUCGUUCUUAUAUCUCAACACUUUUCCAACUCGAUAAUUUUCUGCAUACCAUAUUUUCUCACAAAGCGGGAGACUUCAUAUUCAGCUCGACUACACUGGCUCUUUAUGAGCAUACAAGCUAUUCUACAAAAUAUAGGUCUACGGGAUGAACCUUUAGAAAAGGCACUCGUUCUACCUGAGCCUCUUAAUUAUAUUUCACAUUUAUUACCCUUACGGAAGUACGACCCCCAACACAUUUGA